UUUUUUUAACUUUUAUUCAUUUUUGAGACAGACAGAGACAGAGCAUGAACGGGGGAGGGUCAGAGAGAGAGGGAGACACAGAAUCCGAAAUAGGCUCCGGGCUCUGAGCUGUCAGCACAGAGCCCGAUGCGGGGCUCAAACUCACGGACCAUGAGAUCAUGACCUGAGCCGAAGUCAGAUGCUUAACCGACUGAGCCACCCAGGCGCCCCACAGAUUGGUAUUUUUAAAACUUUUCUUUGCAUCUAGCCCACAUUUUUAGGGCAUUUAUGAUCUUUUGCAUUUUGAUAUACCAGACUGGCUUUUUAUUUUUCUUUUAGUAUUUGUCUAUAAGCUCUAUGUUGCUUCCUGAGCCUUAAAAGUUAGUUUCUUCUGAGUCUUGAUGUUACAAUAUGCAUUUUUUUAUAACUUAAAAUAAUUAUAAUAUUAAUGACUUUGUUGCAAAUUUAAUUAAUUAUUUUCCAGAUAGCUCCAAAAGAUCUAAAAUGACCCGAGAGAAUAGUUGUAAAAUAACAUCAGUGACUAAAAGGUGAAUAUGCAAAUCAAAUCAAAUAAUUAUCUUCCUAAUUCUCCCCCUUCCUUCUCAGGUUUAGACUAAUCGUAAAGAAUCUGCUGUUGCUUUUACUUUGCCUCUCAUGUAGUUUUGUAGAUGGACGGGUCUACAAAGGGUAGAUGUGAUUGUUUAACCUGUUCUGUGUGUUGCGUUCAUGUUACUUUGUGUUUGUCUUCAGUUUAAUCUGCCUUAUCUCUGAGGAUGGGUGAUGGGUGAUGGUGGUGUGCCCCGGUGGGGCUGCCGGGCUGGUCUGACCCAGGGACGGGGGUGUCCCACGUAUCUCUCCCUUUUCUGGUCUCUGGCCUCCAUGUCAGAAGACAGCAGCUUACAGUUCUUGACGUUGUCUUGCCACUUCAAGGGACCAUUGUUGGAAUAAAGACCCUAAUUAUUUUAUUGUUGCUGCGUUGAUACUGAUCAUGUAUAAUCAAGUCAUUUCUAUAAUAUUAAAUUAAAUACUUGUGAGGAUGAUUUGCCCUAGAAUUUGGAAGCAAUACCUUGAAAAGUUAAGUACGUGUAUAUUAUUAAAGCCAUGGAUAUGUAAAAUCAAGAUCAAGCUCUUAUUUUUCUAAGAAUGUAUGCUAUUAGUAAAGUACAGUUGAUGAUAAAGAUUUCCAUACUCUUAGUCUGUGUAUCUGCCUCAUGUACUUUAUCUGAUAAAUGUCAGCAAGCUGGAAUUCAAGGAGGUUUGGUCAGGUACAGAAAUCCAAAAAAGAAACUAAGGCAUAAGCCAGGGUAGGAGAAAUCCUCGUGAUUUUAAGAUUUUCAAUAUUUACCAUUGGAAAACCAGAGGCACUUAACUGUUUAGCUAUUUUUUUUUCCCCCUAACUUGAUAGAAUUAGUAAGUUUCAGUGAUAGGGAUGGAAAGAUUUUUCUCUGCCACUGCACUGAUAGGAUUGUUGGUUCAAGUUUGUACAUAUGAUAAAACUUUGACCUUGAGAUUCUGUGUUAGUUAAGUGGGUAUGUGAAAAUAAUGCUGUUGAAGUCAGCACUGAAUAUGAAAAUAUGUAGGAUUGCCAGGACGCUUCCACAGGGGUUUUGCAUGCUGGAGGAAUCUAAAGUUACUUCAGUAACAACUUUCAGAGUCUGCAGUUGCUUUUAAACAUAUUGUCAUAUUGCAGCUAGUUACAUGAUUAUUACAGUUCAGAGGUUCUCAGCUAGGAGGUUAUUUGGGGUGUGUAGGUGUUUGUGAUUUUCAAAACAGUCAGAGGCACUGCCGGCAUUGAUUGUGCAGGCAUGGCCAUGGCCAUGAUAGAAGGGACAGACAAGGCCAUGGCUACGAUAGAAGGGACAGACAAGGCCAUGGCCAUGAUAGAAGGGACAGACAAGGAUUAGUUGCCCAGUCCAAAAUGCAAUGGUCUUCUAUUGAGAGCCACUGCCAAAUUCUCAGUUCUUGUGUUUAACAUCCCUUGUUUUCAGUAUAAUUUAGUAAAAGAUUUAAUUUUUAAAGUAUCUUUUGAGAAGUCAGUGUCGGAUUUGCAAUGCUUUUCACGUAAAAUAUUUUAGAUAUAUAAUUGACGAUGUCGUGAGUUAAGAGAGAAAAAAAAUGAGACUCUGGUUUUUGGCAAUUGGGAUUAGAAGUGAUGGAGAGGAGGGUCCAAGCAUGCAUGUAUAUAAGUGAACUCUUAAAAAAAAAAAAAAAAAAAGAUGUUACGAUCCUUUUCUCUGGAAAGAAAUGAUGAGCGGCUUCCUAUUAGGACAAGGAAGGAACAGAUAGUGUGGAAAGUCAGAGAGAAGCUUAUUAAUCGUUUAGCAACCUGAAUUAUGUUGUAACUUUUUAUUAAGAGAAAGUGAGAUUCAUUGAGAAACAAAUGAAAGACUGAAGCGUUCUGAAUACUUAAGUAUUUGAGUUCUUUGGGAUUAGAGACCAUAGUAUCUCAGUUAUUUGUGCCUGUGAACCAGCAACUACAAAAGGGGAGGGAAAGGAAAGGAAGAAAAUGUUAAGUGAAGAGGAAAAAAGCAAGGAAAAGCAGAUGGAAAGCAAGGCAAGGAGGAGGCAGCAUCUCCUUCGAUGACAGAAAAUGGCAGCUCCUGCCUUCCUUGUCCUUAGGAUAAAAAUCUUGGUGUCAUCCCUGACUUCCUCUUCUUUCAUACCUGAUAUCUCCGGUGGCAGCAAAUCUUGGGGGCUCUGUUUUAAAAAUAUAUCCAGGAUGUGAUUACUUCUCACAUCUCUUCUGUGCGGGCCAAGCCAGCAUCAUCUCUUGCCUAGAUUGGGCCAUUAGCCUCCUGAGAGAUCUGCCUGCCUCCACCCUCUUCCCUUACAAUCUCUUUUUAAACCUAAGUCACAUGAGGUCGGCCACCUUGAGCCUCCCAACGGCUUUCUAUCCCUGGAUGGAAAAGCUCCAGCCAUUCUGGUGAACAGUGCUUACCUUGCUAAACCCAUACUUUAUCUGCCUUCCCUGCCUUUCUGAAUCCCCUCCUACACUUUCCCUGUCUCCAUCCUUGCCCUCCCUGAAACACCUGGGCAUGGGCAUGCUGCCGAAUGGGGUUUCUCACUUCAUGUUCCCAUAGCGUCCUGGCCCAUAGCUCUUCUUCCGGCUUUUAUGCAGAUGUCCUUUUCUUACAGUGGCCUUUUCUGACCAUACUUACUCUUGGUUUCACAGGCAUAGAGACAGAGAUGGUAAUUCCUACCUCCUUCUCCCUACCACCUCUUCAUUUUUCCCUAAAGCACUUUCAUUAUCUCAUCUACUGCACAUUUUACUGAUUUUUUUUUUUGUUGCGGGUCUGCGGGUCCCUUUCCCCAGAGGCAGGGAUUUUCUGCUUACUGCUGAAAACAGUGGUUGACACAGAGAUAGUAGGAGUUACGGUGAGAUGGGAGUAAAAGUUGGUGAAGUGUGGUUAAGAAGCAAGAGCAGAAGGGCACCUGGGUGGCUCAGUCAGUUAAGCAUCCAACUCUUGAUAUCAGGUCGUGUCGUGAUCUCAUCGUUCAUGAGAUUGAGCCCCAAGUUGUGCUCUGUCCUUGUAGAACGGAGCCUGCUUGGGAUUCUCCCCCCCUGCCCCCCAGAGUAAACAGGUAAACAAUUUUUUUAAGAAGAAGCAAUAUUAGAAACCAGUUAUGAGACUCAGUUAUGGCUGAGUUAUCCAACCUCCUUGAACUUGUUUGUUGAGGGUGCUAGUACUUAUCUUUGUAAAAAUCAGCUGGACUGAUUUACAUGACCAUAGCACAGUGCCUGCUGGUCUUUGGAGGAGCAUCAUAAGUGAUAGUUACGAUGAUGAUACCGAAGAUUCUCAUGGGAAGGACAAGACCACCUGAAGGAAAUGGUAAAGCAUCAUAGCUCUUUCCAAAAGAUCUUUCAUUACAGUACUGGCAUUUACUGCUUUUUUUUUUUUUUUUUUUUGGUUCCUUAAAGAGAGCUCCCUAUGGCCGAUGUUACGAAAUCCAUCCAUAAAAGCUUCGUAAGAGGGCAGGUGAAACCACUGAUAUUUUAUUCACUUCUGGGUGCCAGGGUGUCCCUCAUGGCCCUCCUAGUGGACUGUGUGACAUUCAGUAGGCAUUGGUGACAGAGGGGGUUGAGGGACGCACACCUCGGGCCACUAACCUCAUCACUGUUUGACACCCAAAUACACUUUGAACUUUAUAAUGAUUCCAAGUCUCAUAGAAAAGGAUCGAUUAUGUUCAAUGGGAGAUGUAUACUACAGAAAGACAUGGUAAAUAUAUAUGAGAAAGAUGCUCGAUAUUAAAAUUUAAAGGAAUGGACCUCAUGGGCUAACCUCCAGUUACCUGAGAUCAUAUUCUCUGAGUAUUUCCUCAUUAAGAGUUUAUAUUGGUCGGGCUAGGACUGAGCUCUCUAACAAGAUGCAAGUUACAGAAUACAUUUCCCUGUGCCAUUUGUGAAUAAAAACUAGUUCAGAUGACCAGGCCCUAACUUAAAUACAGUACCUUUGAUUGUUAAAGCUGAUCAAGGUGAGUGUGGUGAAGUAGCUCAAGGGGAAAUAAAAACCCGAAAUCUUCAUAUUAAUGAACUGGGACAAAAUGUCAAAGCGCUGUUUUUUAUGAUAGCGGGCAGGCAGCAUAUUCUGAGAUGAAAAAUGUCCCACGUUCCUUGGUUUAUUAACAAUUAGAACAUAAAGUUCUACAAUGUGAGUGGAGUCUUGUGGAUCUAGGAAGGAAGGAUAAUUUAUUAAAGCAAGUUCAUGAAAAAAUGGACCUAUGACUGAUGGUAUGUGUGCCUGUACCUGCCAGAAACAUUUAGAACGUUUCUGUGGAAGUGCUACUUAAAGCAGCACGGCUCUCAUUUAUUGUGAGUGACUUCCAGUGCCUCCUAGGAUGUACGUGGCAGAGAGGACUGUCUUCGUAGAUCGUCAUUUAGAAACAAGUAUGUCACAUGCAUUUACAAGAAAUGAUUUUGUCGUAUCGUUUUAGUGUACUGUGAAUAUACGAAUAAAUAAAGGAAUAUUGCAGUUCUUUCCAAACAGUUUUUAUGAAAACAUUUGUAUUUUACUACACGGUUUUUGUUUUAUUCCCCAAAGAGAACUCCCCAUGGAAAUGUUAGUAAAUUCACCUCUGUACUUCAGGAACUUGAAAAACUAAAUAAUGUAAAGGGUCUAAUUGUGUUUGCAUUCAACACAGUAUUGAUAUAAGUAAAAGAAAAACAUUUACAUUGCAUAAUAAAUUACUCAGCAGUGCUUUGUGUUUCUAUUAACAGAGCUAAUCUGUUUCUUCUUAGGAAUGAUGCAAUUUCACAGCAAAAAUUUGAUGUCAUUCUAAUGAGUCUGCUUUCAAUUGUAGAGUACAAUGAGGGCCUAGUAAAGAUUAGUAAGAAAUCUAUUUUAUUGUAGAUAAUAAAUCUGCAAAGUAAGCUCUCAGCAUAGAUUGAAGUUGACCUGGCAUGGAGUUGCUUUAUGAAUAGCCCUUUGAGCAAACUCUACAGUUCUGUAUGUGGUUUGAAAUCACUGUAAAUGUGUAGGCAGGUACAUAUUACAAUUGUCUGUUUUUCUUUUUAGGGCUCAUGUAAUCAAAGAAGUUUCUUUGUUGUGUGUAACUUUUCAGAACACAACAGGAAUUGAAAAUGAAUCAGAACGCCACCGAGCCUGUCGCAGCUGCUGAGAGCCUGGCUGAGGUGCCUGAACAUGUGCUUCGAGGACUUCCGGAGGAAGUGAGGCUUUUCCCAUCUGCUGUUGACAAGACUCGGAUUGGUGUCUGGGCCACUAAACCAAUUUUAAAAGGCAAAAAGUUUGGGCCAUUUGUUGGUGAUAAGAAAAAAAGAUCUCAGGUUAAGAAUAAUGUGUACAUGUGGGAGGUGUAUUACCCAAAUUUGGGAUGGAUGUGCAUUGAUGCCACCGAUCCAGAGAAGGGAAACUGGCUGCGGUAUGUGAAUUGGGCUUGCUCAGGAGAAGAGCAGAAUUUGUUUCCGCUGGAAAUCAACAGGGCCAUUUACUAUAAAACUUUAAAGCCAAUCGCGCCGGGCGAGGAGCUCCUGGUCUGGUACAAUGGGGAAGACAACCCCGAGAUAGCAGCUGCGAUUGAGGAAGAGCGAGCCAGCGCCCGGAGCAAGCGGAGCUCCCCGAAAAGCAGGAAAGGGAAGAAAAAAUCCCAGGAAAGUAAAAACAAAGCAAACAAAGCUGAAGACACACCCCUGAAGACAAGCGAGCCAGAUUCUGCUUCUGCAAAUAUGAGAGAUUCUGCGGAAGGUAAGCUUCGAAGUUGGACUUGUUCGGGUCCCAAAGAGGACGAGAAGCCUUCGGCCUCAACAGCUGAGCAGACCGCCGUUCUUCAGGAAGCGGUUAGUCAGGAUGUGCUUCCAGAACCGGUAGUGUCCCCCGCUGCCUGCGCGCCCCACGCGGAACCCGAGGAGAAGCCGGAAGCAGCGAACUGUGAGGUGAACGAUUUGGAGGAAGAGGAGGAGGAGGAAGAAGAUGAAGACGAUGAGCUGGAAGAAGAGGGGGAGGAAGAAGCUGACACGCCAAAUGAAAGUUCUGUGAAAGAGCCAGAAAUUCGGUGUGACGAGAAGCCUGAAGAUUUGUUAGAGGAACCAAAAAACGUUUCGAGAGACGCUCUCGAAGGCUCUCCAGGGCUGACGCCUGUUAGCAGAACUCCCAAAACUAAGGAAGAGGCCAAUGGUGACGUGUUUGAAACGUUUAUGUUUCCGUGUCAGCAUUGUGAAAGGAAGUUUACGACCAAGCAGGGGCUUGAACGCCACAUGCACAUCCACGUAUCCACCGUCAACCACGCCUUCAAGUGCAAGUACUGCGGGAAGGCGUUCGGCACCCAGAUCAACAGGCGGAGGCACGAGCGGCGCCACGAGGCGGGGCUGAAGCGCAAGCCCGGCCUCACGCCCCGGCCGUCGGAAGACCCGGCUGAUGGCAGAUCGUCCGGAGACAGCGUUGCUCCAAAGGACGACUCGACUCCUCCCGGUCUCGGGCAAGACUCUCUGCUCUUGCGUCCGGAGAAGGCUCCGCCAGAAAACGUCGGUUCUUCCGUUGCAGAAGAGAAUGGGGAAGUGAAGGAGCUUCAUCCGUGCAAAUACUGUAAGAAGGUCUUCGGGACGCAUACCAACAUGAGGCGGCAUCAGCGCAGAGUCCACGAACGCCAUCUGAUUCCCAAGGGCGUGCGGCGGAAAGGGGGCCUCCUGGAGGAGCCGCACCCUCCCGCGGAGCAGGCCCCGCCCGCCCAGAGUGUCUACGUGCCCAGCACGGAGCCCGAGGAGGACGGGGAGGCCGACGACGUGUACAUCAUGGACAUCUCCAGCAACAUCUCUGAAAACUUAAAUUUCUACAUCGAUGGCAAAAUUCAGACCAGCAGCAGCACGAGUAACUGUGACGUGAUUGAGAUGGAGUCCGCUUCGGCCGACUUGUACGGUAUCAAUUGCCUGCUUACUCCGGUCACGGUGGAAAUCACUCAGAAUGUAAAGGCCGCACAGGCCCCCGUAGCCGACGACCUUCCUAAAGAGCCUUCCAGCAGCACAAACAGUGAGUCCAAGAAACGGAGAACGGCGAGUCCUCCCGCGCUCCCUAAAAUCAAAGCCGAGACGGAGUCUGAGCCCUCGGUGCCCGCGUGUUCCUUGCUGCCUCUCAGCAUAUCGACUUCGGAGGCGGUGUCUUUCCACAAAGAGAAGAGUGUGUACCUGUCGUCGAAGCUCAAACAACUGCUUCAAACCCAGGACAAACUAACGCCUCCUGCGGGCAUUUCGGCAACGGAAAUACCGAAGUUAGGUCCCGUUUGCGUGUCUGCUCCCGCGUCGAUGCUGCCCGUGACCUCGAGUAGGUUUAAGCGGCGGACUAGCUCUCCCCCCAGUUCCCCACAACACAGUCCUGCCCUCCGAGACUUUGGAAAGCAAAGUGAUGGCAAAGCGGUGUGGACCGAUGCCGUUCUGGGAUCCAAAAAACCCAAAUUAGAAAGUCAUAGCAACUCACCAGCGUGGAGUUUGUCUGGGAGAGAGGAGAGAGAAACGGUGAGCCCGCCGGGCUUUGAUGAAUACAAAGUGUCUAAGGAGUGGGCAGCCGGCCCUACUUUCAGCAACGUGUGCAACCAGCAGCCGCUGGACUUAUCCAGCGGUGUCAAACAGAAGGCCGAGGGCGCAGGCAAGACCCCGGUCCAUUGGGAAUCUGUAUUAGACCUCAGUGUGCAUAAGAAGCCUUGUAGUGACUCUGAAGGCAAGGAGUCGAAAGAAAACCAUCUGGUGCAGCCAGCCUGCAGUGUCAUAAAGAAAAAGAGGCCAACCACCCGCAUGCUGCAGAAGGUUCUUCUCAACGAGUACAACGGCGUCGAUUUACCCGCAGAGAAUGCUGCAGACGUGACCCGGAGCCCGAGUCCUUGUCAAUCCCUGGAUCCCCAGCCAGACUCUGGCCUCGGCCCUGACGCUGGUUUAUCGGCCCCUGUGGUCGAGUCCCCACCUGAUGUCUCUCCUUCCUCGCCUGCCCUGCAGACAUCUUCCCUUUCUGCCGGGCAGCUGCCUCCUCUCUUGAUCCCAACGCAUCCCUCUUCCCCCCCGGCCUGUCCUCCUGUGUUGACUGUUGCCACGCCACCCCCUCCACUCCUUCCUACUGUCCCUCUUCCGGCCUCCUCUUCUGGGGCGUCUCCCCGUCCGUGUCCCUCUCCGCUCUCGAAUGCUACCGUGCAGUCGCCGCUUCCCAUUCUGUCCCCUACGGUGUCCCCCUCGCCAUCUCCCAUCCCUUCGGUGGAACCUCUCACGUCUGCUGCUUCGCCCGGACCCCCGACCCUUUCCUCAUCUUCUUCCUCGUCUUCUUCCUCAUCUUCGUUCUCCUCUUCUUCCUCCUCCUCUUCCCCCUCGCCGCCGCCGCUCUCGGCAGUGUCAUCCGUUGUUUCCUCUGGGGAUAAUCUGGAAGCUUCUCUCCCCAUGAUAACUUUCAAGCAGGAGGAACUAGAGAAUGAAGAGCUGAAGCCCAGGGAAGAGCCCCAGUCAGCAGUUGAGCAGGAGAUUGUUCAGGAAACGUUCAACAAAAACUUUGUCUGCAAUGUCUGUGAAUCACCUUUUCUUUCCAUUAAAGAUCUAACCAAACAUUUAUCUAUCCAUGCUGAAGAAUGGCCCUUCAAAUGUGAAUUUUGUGUGCAGCUCUUUAAGGCUAAAACUGAUCUGUCAGAACAUCGCUUUUUGCUUCAUGGAGUUGGGAAUAUCUUUGUGUGUUCGGUUUGUAAAAAAGAGUUUGCUUUUUUGUGCAAUUUGCAGCAGCACCAGCGAGAUCUCCACCCAGAUAAGGUGUGCACACACCAUGAGUUUGAGAGCGGCACGCUCAGGCCCCAGAACUUCACAGAUCCCAGCAAGGCCCACGUAGAACAUAUGCAGAGUUUGCCGGAAGACCCCCUAGAAACCUCGAAGGAAGAAGAAGAAUUAAAUGAUUCCUCUGAAGAGCUCUACACGACCAUAAAAAUAAUGGCUUCUGGAAUAAAGACAAAAGACCCAGAUGUUCGACUGGGUCUCAAUCAACAUUACCCAAGCUUUAAGCCACCUCCAUUUCAGUACCAUCACCGAAACCCCAUGGGGAUCGGCGUGACGGCCACAAAUUUCACUACGCACAAUAUCCCGCAGACUUUCACCACUGCCAUUCGCUGCACAAAGUGUGGGAAGGGCGUAGACAACAUGCCAGAGUUACACAAACACAUCCUGGCAUGUGCCUCUGCUAGUGACAAGAAGAGGUACACGCCUAAGAAAAACCCAGUCCCCUUGAAACAGACUGUGCAGCCCAAGAACGGCGUGGUGGUUUUCGAUAACUCGGGGAAAAACGCCUUCAGACGGAUGGGACAGCCCAAGAGGCUGAACUUCAGUGUCGAGCUCAGCAAGAUGUCCUCGAACAAGCUCAAGCUAAAUGCAUUGAAGAAGAAAAACCAGCUUGUCCAGAAAGCAAUCCUGCAAAAAAACAAAUCUGCAAAGCAGAAGGCCGACCUAAAAACCGCCUCCGAGUGCUCCUCGCACAUCUGCCCGUACUGUCACAGAGAGUUCACGUACAUCGGGAGCCUGAAUAAGCACGCCGCUUUCAGCUGCCCCAAAAAACCGCUUUCUCCUUCCAAAAAAAAAGCUGCCCAUUCAUCCAAGAAAGGUGGACACCCGUCACCUGCAAGUAAUGACAAAAACAAUAGCGGCCACCGCAGGCGGACUGCGGACGCUGAGAUCAAGAUGCAAAGUGUCCAGGCACCCCUGGGCAAGACCAGGGCGCGCAGCUCAGGCCCGGCACAAGUCCCGCUGCCCUCGUCGGCCUUCAGGUCCAAGCAGAAUGUCAAGUUCACGGCUUCGGUGAAGUCCAAAAAGCCAAGCUCCUCCUUAAGGAACUCAAGCCCCAUAAGAAUGGCCAAAAUAACCCACGGCGAGGGGAAAAAACCCAAAGCUGUGGCCAAGAAUCAUCCUGCUCAGCUCGCGAGCAAGACGUCCCGGAGCCUGCACGUGAGGGUACAGAAAAGCAAAGCCGUCUUACAGAGCAAAUCCGCUCUGGCCAGUAAGAAAAGAACAGACCGGUUCAAUGUAAAAUCUAGAGAACGGAGUGGGGGGCCAGUCACCCGAAGCCUCCAGCUGGCAGCUGCUGCCGAGCCGGGCGACAGCAGGAGGGAGGAUGGUGGUGGCGGCAAGCAGGAGCUGAAGGACUUCAGCUACAGUCUCCGCCUGGCGUCCCGGUGUCCUCCUCCAGCCGCCCCGUACAUCACCAGGCAGUGUAGGAAUGUCAAGGCGACGGCUGCAGCCCAGUUCCAGGGACCCCUCUUCAAAGAGUAGACAGUUCGCCUGCUCCCUGACAGCACCUGAAGUGACCUGGAGUCAGUGAAGCCAAAGGGACUGGCUGGCCCUCUGCCCCGCAGGGACUACCGACCUAUUCCAGUUUUACGAGCCUGUGAGAGAAAGGGAGGGAGUGUGUGCGUGCGUGGGUGUGCGUGUGCGGUCUUCAGACGAGGGUCCCAAACCCCAGGGAGGCAGGAAGGCAGCUGACUCCACAGCGUGGACGACACGUGGGUGCAGCCCCUGGGACCGUGUUCUGCAGCUCAGCCUUCCUGCUGGGGUGGGGCCUCUCCUACUAUGCAAUUUUUCAAGAGCUCCUUGAUCCUGCUUUUUGCUUUCUCGAGUUGUCUUUUGCCAUGGCGGGGACUGUGGUCUGGCUCAGGGGUCAGUUCUAGGCCUGUCCGAGGAAGGCCUUCAGGAGGAGGCCGAGUCUCCUUUCUCACUGCCCCACCUUCCCUAGCCUUCCAACGUCUCUGGGAAUCAACGGCGUGUAGACACGUCAGAGCCUUGCUGUCGACCCCCUUGGCCUGCGCACUUCGAAAACCCCCCUUCUUUGCCUGAGCUGCUGGCUUGAGUCGUUUCCAGAUUCGAAAUUCUAGUCAGUCCCUGGGCAUCUGGGAGAGAAGUCCUCGUCCCCAUUUGCAGACCUGGUUGCCCCCUUGGGAGAGGCAGGGGAUGGGACAGCAUGUGGCAGGAGGGGGAGGUCUCCCCAGUGCUUCUUUGCCUCACUUGGGACCAUCAACACGUUAGCGACUGACCUUCCCAAAUUAGCUGAAAAGGGAAACAAACAAAAA